AGCAGGAAAAGUUGUUUACUUGUACCUUUAGACUGUACAGGGCCUAUGCUAUCAUGUACGCAUGCGUGUACAAAUACACAGUAGAGAUUUCCAGACUCUUCUGACGAUUUUAGAUCACGCAGGCGAAAACAAUUCCGUCUCUUCUGAAGAAGGCACCAUGGCACCCAUGAUCCUGUUUCUCCUAGCCGCUGUUGCCGGAGCUGCAGUGGCGGGAGACGUCCCCUGCCGUCCCAUCAGGGACAUCUACCCGUCCGGGAAGGAACUGUGCGAGAAGAUGUGGGACGGCGCCUUCGUGUACGAGACCGACCUGAGCCGGGCCUACACCAUGUGGUUCUUCGAGCGGGACAACCCGAACGACAAGGUCUCCUACAAGCUGGGGAAAACUCCGCCGAACAAGUGUUACCUGCAAUACCUGCAUAAGACUGUUCCGGGUCCCGAGCCCGACAACUUCACCGAGUGCCACCCCUGGAAGGACCGCACCUGUUGCCGCCAGCAGACUGUCCCCUCCCCGCAGAAGAUCAACCAGAACUACGGGCCUGAAUGGCGCUGGGACCGCUGCGGGCCUCUGUCGUCUGCCUGCGAGCGCUUCUUCGUGCAGGAGGCGUGCUUCUACGAGUGUGAUCCAAAUGCAGGUCUUUACCGCAAGGUCUCAGACAAGGAUUUCGACGAGUCCAACCCCGAGCACAACAAGUGGCAGAUUCAGGGCAUGCCGAUUCGAGCCGACUACUGCGACGCCUGGUGGACCGCCUGCAGGAACGACCUGUUCUGCGCACACAGCCAGGGGAGCUACUUCUCCUGCGCCGCGGAGUACGACAAGGCCGGCAAAGAUUACUUCUCUGAUUUCAUCAACAGUAUCAAGUCCAUUAUUGCCUGGUUUUCCCAGUGAUCUAUGGUUUGUGACAGAAGUUACACAACACGCACGUUAGCACCACAACUGUGGCUGAGCUCUUCCAAACGCUUUUGGUAAAGGCAAUUAUCAUGGUCUGAAUAUGUGACCAUAAAGCACCUAGACUUACCUAAAAAGAAAGCAACCUGUAAUUGUGAUGGACACAUGUAACCAUCUACGUGUAUGUUCCCUCUGCAUAUUAAAACGCAUGUUUCAAAAGAUGA